AUGAGACUUUCCCUGCCUUUCGUUGCGCUUUGCGCAAUUCCUGCUGCUGUUGGCAUAGCCAUCCCUGACAGCGCCAGGGAGAUUGGCAAAAGCGACUACAAACAUCACGGAGAGCAUUACCAUGGAGUGCACAAGUACCAUCAUGGAGAGCACAAGCAUAAGCACAAGCAUCUUCACCCCCAUGAGCAUAUCCACCAUGUCCAUCAUAAGCAUCCUAUCAAGCCUUGCCAUAUCCUUACCAAGGAGCGAGUUUGCAAGGACUUCCAUAAACUCACCGACGAGGUCGAGAAGGUGAUCCAUGUUGUUCAGACUAAGGAUUGUGACAACGACGAGUCCUGCUGGAGUGGGGUCGUCUAUCACAUCUACAAGCUCGAGCACCACCUUGAUACCUAUGACAAGGAGAUUGAUUAUACUACACUCAAGAAGUGUUUCAGCUGCGGCCAGGAGUCUUAUGUCGUUGACUGUUACCUGGGUUAUGCUGAUGCCCUGAUCCGCCUUCUCAAGGUACUCAAGCACAAGACCAAGCACCUUGAGGGUGAGGUUGAUCGCCCCGUCCUUACUUCUAUUAACAGUCUUCGAUCUGCCAACUACGCCCUGACUUAUGAGAUCGGUCGCCGCAUCAGCUGCAAGAAGGACCUCAAGAUCAUCAUGGAGAAGCAGGGUGCCGACGAUGGCAGCACCAAGGGUAGCGUCCAACAAGCCUUUAGCAAGUUCAUAUACACUCCUCUGAUCACUGGCGACGACUUUGAGAACAAGGGCUCCUACGGUGAUCCUCGAGAGAAGGGGUACGAAGGAAAGAGCUACAACAAGGAGGUCAAGGUGUUCAAGCACCACCACGAGCACCACCAUGGUCACCAUCACGGCCACAAGCAUGGUCAUGGCCAUAUUCAUGCUCAUGAGCAUGGACACAAGCACGGUCACGUUUACCACAAGUACCAUCAUGACGAGUACAAGCACAAGAACGAGGAGUACAAGCAUGACAACAAGCACAAGGACGAAGAGUACAAGCAUGACGAUGGUUACAAGCAUGACAACAAGCACAAGGACGACGAAUACAAGCAUGACGAUGGCUACAAACACGAUGAGUACAAGCAUGACAAGCCUCACUAUCAUCGUCUUUCUGUCCGUAACUACCGAGAUCCUCAAUUCGUUGACAAGGACAAUUACUCACUGGAACCCAGUAACGAUCAGUACAUCCACAACCCCUAUGGUGCCUACCGCAACAUGGAGAGGGAGAAGGUGUGGAGGGAUAGAGAAGAUGAGGAGGAGAAGAGAGCAAAUGAUCUGGAGUGGUUUCGUCGAGAAAACAUGAGGGCUUAUGCUCAGGCCUGGCCAAGGGAACCUGCGCCAUUCCCACCGAAGUGGCAUUCACCAAACCGCAGUCCUUACAACCACUACAACGGUAACCGUCGCUGGGAAUAA